UUCCACUGUUACACACACCUUUGCCCCCGUUCCCCCCUGCUCGAUCCCCCGUCCCUCCGUUUUCGGCGCGGCCGCGAGGAGAGUUCGUCGUCGGCGGCGAUGAGGUCGGCCCUGAGCCACCUGAUCCGCUCCUCCAGCUCUGCCUCGCCCUCCCGUCUCAGCUCGCCAGUUCUAUUAAAGAACGGCAAGGCGUUCUCGAGCGAUGCCACGCCCAGGGAUUCCCGGCUGGUUGACGAGCCUUUCAAGGUCGAGGAGGCAGAACCCGUGAAGGUGCCGCCGCCGCCACCUUCUCCUGAUAAGCUGCUUGUGCUAGGUGGAAGUGGUUUCGUUGGUUCACACGUUUGCAAGGAGGCGUUGGAGAGAGGAUUUGUUGUCUCUAGUCUAAAUAGAUCUGGAAAGCCAUCGAUAAGUGAAUCUUGGGCUGACAAAGUUAUAUGGAACCAAGGCAAUCUCCUUGAACCUGCUUCACUGGAGGAUAGUAUGGAUGGUGUCUCUGCUGUCGUAUCCUGUGUUGGAGGCUUUGGGUCAAAUUCUCAGAUGUUCAAACUGAAUGGGACUGCAAACAUAAAUGCCAUCAGGGCUGCAGCUGAGAAAGGUAUAAAAAGAUUUGUGUAUGUGUCAGCUGCAGACUUUGGUUUAGUGAAUUACUUAUUGCAAGGUUAUUAUGAGGGCAAGAGAGCUGCUGAAGCUGAACUUCUGUCGAAGUUUACCUAUGGAGGAGUGAUAUUGCGGCCUGGUUUUAUCCAUGGAACUCGUCGAGUGGGUAGCAUGAACAUACCCCUUGGACUUGUGGGUUCGCCUAUGCAAAUGGUGCUCCAAAAUGCAAAACCAUUAACCAGAUUGCCACUUGUUGGCCCGAUGCUAACUCCUCCAGUGAGCGCUGCCUCAGUAGCGAAGGUCGCUGUAAGAGCAGCGACGGACCCGGUGUUCCCUCCUGGUAUCGUUGAUGUGUAUGGCAUCAUGCGCUACAGCGAGCAGAAGUAAUUGUAUGCUUGUAAAGGAUUACAAGGGUGGCUCUACCCAUCUUUUGUUACCUGGUUUUUCCCAUUUGCUCUAAAUGAUGCCUCAGCUACUCUGAUAGUUGUAUCCUGGCGUGGCCCUGUUUGUCUCAUCUACUUACUAGCCAAGGAUGCUCAAUAAAGAAACAGUUAACCUCGAGUUUCCUGUUGGAAACUGUUUUUUACAUGUUUGUUGCCUGAAAGUGUUCUUUUUUAGUGACUGUAGAGAACAUGUUAAAGAUCUGUAACUUCCUUUGAGUUUAUGAUGAUGAGGAUAAGAAAAACUCUA